AUGAAAGGAUAUGAAUUUUUGAGACUGAUAUAGGAAAUUGGGGUUAUUCUUAAUUUAUCUACUCCAACAAUUAGUCAUGUGAUUACUAUAUAUAAAAGGUAAAGAAAUAGUAACAAUGAAUAGAUUUACACUAAGCAACAAGAGAUAAUUUAAAAAAGAAAUGGUGAUCACAGCGUGUUUUUAUUUAGUGAGUAAAAUAGUUGAAGAUAUGAAAAGAAUUAGAGACAUUUUAGUAAGUAAGUACUUCAUAUUAAUAAGUAAGUAAUUUGCGUAGUUAAUAAAAUGUACACAUUAGCAAAUCAAGAGAGAAAAUAGAAAUUAUAAGCUAAUAAUCAAGCCGAUUAUGAUGAAGAUCCAAUUAAGUAUUUAGGCAUAGAACAAUACGAGAAUUACAAUAUUGAGUUUUUUGAUAAAUUUGUACCUUUAUUUAAUAAUGAAUAAUAUGCAGAAUGGAAAAGAGAAGUAUUGGAAGCAGAAUAGCAUAUACUAAGGAUAAUAAAUUAUGAUUUAAAAAAUGAGACUUUGGAUAGCUACUAACUCUUAUUGAAUUAUUUAAAGGUAUGUUAUUAGAGAGACUACAUUAUAGAUCUUUCAAUUUGAAUAAGGUUUGAGAUAAAUGAUAUUUGAUAUAUUUCAGGAUACAUUCUUUGUUGAUUUUUAGACAGACACGGUAUUGAUUUUUCAAUAAUUCUAGACUCAAGUAGAUUGUGUGAAAGGUUCAAUUUAUUUGGGAAUUUAAUUUUUUAGAAUGCAUGCAGUGGAUAAAUAGAAAUUAUUGAAAUUAAAAGAAGAGUUUUGUUCAUAAAAAUGGUGGGAAGAAUUCAUGCAAAUUUCAUAUAAACAACUAUUAUUAUUUUAAAUUGACAUGUUACAAUAUUACAAUGCAUAAGAUUUUGUAUAAGCAUGA